CGUGUCGCAGCAGCAGCAGCAGCAGCAGUAGCAGUCGCAGCAGCAGCAGAAGCGAGUGUGCCGUUAUUCCGUUCGUUACAUAAAGAAGAGAUUUCAAAUAGCAAGUUUAAGUGCGCUGCUCGGUGGCGAAUGGCAUAAAUCAUUCAGCGAAAGCGACCCCCGCAUUGUGAUAAACAUUUAAACAGCCCAAAAAAAAAAACGAAAGGAGCCAGCGCGACCCAAAAAUUUGAGAAACCAAUUUGAAAUCGAAAAGAAAAAACGACUGGCAAAAAAUAAAUAAAAAUAAAAAUGAAAGUGCAAGUAAGAAGAUAAGAGACAAACACGGAAAAGCGGAAACCAGCGCAAACAAGGACUUGAAUGCCAACACGAAAAAUCAACGCAAAGUGCAGAAUUAUUUAAUCAACGCCAGCCAGUCGUCAGCAAGUCGAAAACCCUGGAAACGCCUAAAAAUAGAGGACACGCGAUAACCAAAAAUAGAACGUAAUGAUAAACCAAAACCAAAGUACCUGCAACAAUGAAAUUGAGCAAAUCUUAAAAGCGUAACCCAAAAAAGCAAGCCCAAGAUUAGAAUUACUUUUAAAAAUAUACAAAGGACACUCGCUAUAUACAAAAAGUGCUAAUAGAUAAACGAUAUCCGCAAUUAAGAAAAUUAAAAAAAAACAACCCGUAGUUCGUUGCCGUUUGUUCACCGCUGGAAGUUAAAGACACAGCCCAAGGAUAUAGAGCGUAAUCCCCGUUGAGAUAGAGUAAUGGAACUAACCUCGUAGUUUGUAGAGAGACAUGCGUCUCUGCCCGUAGGACAGCAAACAGACAGCAAAUUCCAAUAACCGCAACAUAAACGCACUUAACGACUAACUAAAACUACCAAGUAGUUGCCUCUCUAUAUACAACAUAUAUAUAUAUAUAUAUAUAUACACCUACGAGAUAUAUACAAGAUAUUUAGCCGUAGCGAAUAGAUAAACGCCAGUCUGUAUAUCUACCUAUAUGGAUUUAUUUUUAUAAUGCCGCUAAAGCAAAACUCGAUCCCAUCCCCGAACCCGACCUCGACCUAGGCUUUUUCAAAUUGCAUCUGAAUAAGUAACGAGGGCGAUUAAUGCAUUAAUUGGGUGGCGAAGGACGUUGCCACACGGAGUCGGAGUCCCGAGAAGGGAACUGUCGCCGGGUCCGGAUUCGGAUCCUUUGCGUGUUCCUCGUGCCAGAUACGAAACACAAUCACACGCAGGACCCCAGAUACAAACUUACAGGACGAUAUUAAGCUACCUUCUUUGGGUUUCCCGUGUUGCGCUGCCUUGACGUAACUCCGCCUUAACUCGCGUCGCUUCCAUUUGCCACAAAAGUAAAAAAAAAAUAAAAAGCGACCGCAAAGCCAAAACUGCGGUGCGUUCGUUAAACUUUCAUGACCAAACAUUAACUUAAGCCGGAAGGAGGAGGAGGAUUGGAGCGGCUAGAGGGUUGGAAGCCAGAGGGAGCAAACCGAGCUGUCAUCAUCCAGCAAUCCCCUCUAGUUUGUUAUUUGUGAUAAAUAAUUCAACGAUCCACAUCUUGGAUCCCGAUCCUGCCCACCCCACUUCAGCUCCAGUUACCGUUACCGUUACCGUUCCUGUUCCCGUUACAGUUAUAGCUCCAGCUCCAGCUCCAGUUCCAGUUCCAGGCCCCACCAUCACAUCUGUACACCACCAACCGAAUAGCAACAAUAACUAUACCUUAGAGGAUAAAUCGACAUUUAUAAUCCAAAGUACAAAACGAAUAGCCCCGAAAAUAACGCUGUUAACUAAUGUAAAACAAAAGCUAAACUAUAAAUAGUAACAUAUGGUAUUAUUAUACACGCAACUUUCGAAACAGAUAGAGUCAUAGAGUCACAUAACCUCAAAACGAACAAGCGCAUAACGAAACGAAAAGUGAAGAACGAUAAGCAAUACAAGCAGUGCUGUUGACUAUUUUAGAGGCCACCUUUUAGAUACCUUCACCCAACCUACGUUACUCAACCAAACACCUAAGAACCCACCAAAAUCGAGAACCUAACCUAUAAACCUAAAACCUAAAAAACACGGAUAAGGACGACGACUACGACGACGAUGAACGGCCCCAUGUGCGAGUGAGACAGCCAGAUAGCAAAAAAGAAAAAGAGAGAGUAACACAACGAAAAGCAAUUUAUUUUUGUUUACGUGUCCGUGUGCCCGAGCUCUGGACUUGUAUUAGUUAAUGCCAAAAAUCGAAGCGGAAGUUGCACCCACACCUGCACACUCUACUACAACACACACACACUCAGCCGCCAUGACAAGGCCAAGAAUUGCAGCGGGCAUUGCGGGGCCUUUCCGGCGGCAAUAGCAACACCCUAAAAAGGGAAAUAAAACAAAAAAAUAUAACCAGCAAUAUCCCCAAAACAACAACAACGUUACGUUACGUUAACGAAGGUGGCGCGAGUGGUUCGAUGUGGCUCGAAUUCGAGUUCGAGUGCAGGUGGUGACGUGGUGACAGCGGCGGCGUCGUGGGUCCAAGAAAAUGCACGUUAAACACACUCAGCGCCGAGUCAGCGGUCCUGGAGCCUUCGGAACCUUUACCAACGAUCAACGUGCCAGCCGCGACAACUUGUGCCCGGACAGCCAGCAGCAGCAGCACUCGCACUCGCACCAGCACUUGGUGCGCCAGUCUCUGGUGAGUCUCAGCAACGGCCAGCCGGCGGACAGCGUCUCGCUGCUGCGGGCGGGCGAUGAGCAGCAGCAACACCUCCAGCAGCAGCAGCAACAGCAGCAGCAGCAGCAGCAACAUCUGCAACAGCAACACCUGCAACAGCAGCAACGGCAGCGCAGCAGCAGCAGUCGGCUUUCCACGAGUGGCAUCUCCAAGCAGAACUCCGGGGACAGCAGGAGCGGCCUGCGAAUCCUCGACAGCAGCCACAGUCCCGUCAGCUGCGGCACCCAGAGCGUGAGCAGCACUGGUGGCCAGUCGGCGCUCUACGAUGCCUGCCACGAGUACUCGCGCAGCUUGAGUGCAGCGGCUGCAGAAGGAGCCGGCUCGCUGCUCAAGAGCCACUACAGUGACCAGCAGUUGGCCAGCCAGCCGGAGCCAGACCCAGAUCCAGAUCCGGAAAGGGAUAGGGAUAGGGAUCGUGAUAGGGACAGAGAUAGAGACAGGGAACGUCGCCACCUGACCAACCUCAAUCUCAAUCUGAACAGCGAGUACGACUACAGCGGGAGUGACAAGCAGCAACUGGUCAACGAGACGUACAUCUUCAAGUGCAUCGCCAACAGUCCCUCGUUCCUGCGCACCAACAAGAUCAAGGAGCAGUCCAAGAAGCUGCGCAAUCUCUCACUGAAAACGCGCACCGCCAAGAAGAAGGGCCAGAUCAUCUCGAAGUCGAACGCGGUGUCGGAUAAUUCGCUGCAUCCGGGUGACAAGUAUCUGAACUUGUAUCUGGUGGAGAAGAAGCAUUCGCUGCAGCCGCAGGUGGCCUCCAGUUCGAGUUCCAGCCCGCAUCCGCAGGCCUCCUCGGCGCCGGCCAGCUCGUCAUCCACCUGCACGAGGGCCCAACAGUUGCCCAACUUGUCAGCGGUUGCUGCCCGCCAGCAACAGUUGCUCCUGAACGGAUCGCUCAAGGGCAAGGGGCAGGGUCAGGGGCAGGGGCAGGGUCAGGGCCGACAAACGCUGCCCGGUCAUCGGGGAUCGGUGAGGAGCGAGGGCGGCAGCCACACCAUUCCGGCGACGGGCAAGAGUCCGCCGGUGCCGCACUCGCUGGCGGCCAAGAUCAGCAGCUCGGCCAGCGGCAGCAAGAACUGCAAUUUGCUCAGCGCCAGCAGCAACUCAUGCCACAAGCUGCACGCCCACGCCCAAGGAUCGGGAGCUGGAGCAGGAGCAGGAUCAGGACCUGGCCACAGUCAUUACGCGGCGGCCGUGUCGCCGAAGAGUUCGGUGAGCAGCAACGGACACCUGAACAAGUACUGCCUCACGGACCUCACGCGCCGCAAGGCCGAGUUCAAUCGCCAGCUGAGCGCCCCCACGGACUACACGCACCACUCCUCCAGCAACGGGUCCCAGCAGGAGGGCUCCUCGGAGGCCAACGAGGGCCACGAGCCGGUCGGGGAGUCGACCAUCACCGUAGCCAGCGCCGGGGUCGCGUAUCCGCAUCCCUACUCGUACCCCUAUCACCACGCCUCCUCCUCGGCCACAGCGCCGGCCAAUCUCAAGGCGUCGCUGCAGCUGCACAGCUUCGGGGGCCACCACCCGUGUCCUUAUCCGGCAAGGCCCACGUCCACGUCGUGCACCAACAGCUUCAACCGGCGCCACAUCCGCCGGCACAAGGGCAAGCUCGGCGAUCGACUGCUGAGCGGGGAUAGUGAGGAAUCGGUACGCUGCUCCUACUGCUCGGUGCUGAAUGUGAACGAGAACGACCUGCGCAUUUCGUUCGAAAACACCUGCACCGACUCGCUGGUCACCGCUUUCGAUGAUGAGGCCCUGCUAAUAUGCGACCAAGGAACCGAAAUGGUACACUUUGAUGACGUGUCGUUGUACGGCACUCCGAAAGAGGAGCCCAUGCCCAACAUACCGAUCGUGUCGGAAAAAGUCUCUGCGAAUUUCCUAAAAAGUCAAUUGCAAUCAUGGUUCCAGCCGACGGACAACCGACUGGCCAUGAAACUGUUUGGCAGCCGAAAGGCACUGGUCAAGGAGCGCAUACGUCAGAAAACUUCCGGGCAUUGGGUCAUACACCCGUGCAGUUCAUUCAGGUUUUACUGGGACCUUUGCAUGCUUUUAUUAUUAGUAGCAAAUCUUAUUAUCCUGCCAGUCGCAAUAUCAUUCUUCAACGAUGAUCUGAGCACACGAUGGAUUGCCUUCAACUGCCUAAGUGAUACUAUUUUUUUAAUAGAUAUUGUAGUCAAUUUUAGAACAGGAAUUAUGCAACAAGACAACGCUGAACAAGUAAUAUUGGAUCCAAAGCUUAUAGCUAAACACUAUUUAAGAACUUGGUUUUUUCUCGAUUUGAUUUCGUCGAUACCGCUAGAUUAUAUAUUUUUAAUUUUCAAUCAAAUUAUGAAAUUGCAGGAUUUCUCUGAUUCUUUUCAAAUAUUGCAUGCCGGACGAGCCCUGCGCAUCCUGCGCCUGGCCAAGCUGCUCUCCCUGGUGCGACUGCUCCGUCUUUCCCGCCUCGUGCGCUACGUUUCCCAAUGGGAGGAGGUCUAUAUUCUGCAGAAUCUACAGAAAAAAAGUGCUGAUCGCAGAGGGAGAAUGAACAGAAAAGACAAAGAUGGCUUGACAAAAAGCAACCUAAUUCUCAAGUUCCUCAAUAUGGCCUCGGUCUUCAUGAGGAUCUUCAAUUUAAUUUGCAUGAUGCUCCUGAUCGGCCAUUGGAGCGGUUGCUUGCAGUUCUUAGUGCCAAUGUUACAGGGUUUUCCAUCCAACUCCUGGGUCUCCAUCAACGAGUUGCAGGAAUCGUACUGGCUGGAGCAGUAUUCGUGGGCAUUGUUCAAAGCCAUGUCGCACAUGCUUUGCAUAGGCUACGGCAGAUUCCCACCACAAUCACUGACAGACAUGUGGCUCACGAUGCUGUCGAUGAUAUCCGGGGCCACCUGUUACGCAUUGUUCCUCGGUCACGCGACCAAUCUCAUCCAGAGCUUGGAUUCCAGCCGGCGCCAGUAUCGCGAGAAGGUCAAACAGGUGGAGGAGUAUAUGGCCUAUCGCAAGCUACCACGCGACAUGCGACAGCGCAUCACGGAAUACUUCGAGCAUCGGUACCAGGGUAAAUUCUUCGAUGAAGAGUUGAUACUUGGCGAGUUGAGCGAGAAAUUGCGCGAGGAUGUCAUCAACUACAACUGCAGAUCCCUCGUGGCGUCAGUGCCUUUUUUUGCUAAUGCCGAUUCGAAUUUCGUUUCCGACGUAGUUACCAAACUGAAAUACGAAGUUUUCCAACCAGGUGAUAUUAUCAUAAAGGAGGGUACGAUCGGUACUAAGAUGUACUUCAUACAGGAGGGCGUGGUGGACAUUGUCAUGGCCAACGGCGAGGUUGCCACCUCACUAUCGGAUGGCUCUUACUUCGGUGAGAUCUGUCUGCUGACCAAUGCGCGUCGUGUGGCCAGCGUGCGAGCCGAAACCUAUUGCAAUCUAUUCUCGUUGAGCGUGGAUCAUUUCAAUUGCGUUCUGGAUCAGUAUCCGCUGAUGCGCAAGACCAUGGAGACUGUGGCCGCCGAGCGGUUGAACAAGAUUGGCAAGAAUCCAAACAUAAUGCAUCAGAAGGACGAGCAGCUGAGCAAUCCGGAGUCGAACACGAUUACGGCUGUGGUGAAUGCCCUGGCUGCCGAGGCGGAUGACUGCAAAGAUGAUGACAUGGAUCUCAAGGAGAAUUUACUGCAUGGGUCAGAGUCGAGCAUUGCUGAGCCGGUGCAGACGAUACGUGAGGGUCUCCCGAGGCCGCGGAGCGGGGAGUUCCGGGCCCUGUUCGAGGGCAACACUCCAUGACACUGA